CCAAUCGGUGUGUUUUGGGAUAUCGAGAACUGUCCAGUGCCAAGCAACUAUUCCUCCCUAUUAUUUGUCAAUGAAAUAAGAAACAGGUUUUUCAACGAGCACGUUGAGGCCGAGUUCAUUGCGGUAUGCGACACUGAGAAGCAAAACAAAUAUGUGACAGUGGUGCAUGUCUGUGCACUGAGCAAGAAUUCUGCAGACGACAAAUUAAAACAUUCAAUGAGGAAGUUUGCCGCAUUUCAUUCAUCACCCAGCACAGUAAUUCUUAUAUCGAGUGAUGUAAACUUCUCGCCUGAAAUAAGCGACCUCAGGUACAUACACAAGUUUGAGACCAUUGUGAUACACAAUGAAAUGCCUUCAAAAGCGCUG